UCUUCAAAUUGGUUCUCCUUGCACACCUCAAAGUGCUCCCAAAUGCAGGAACCAUGAUACUGGCUUUGAAGAGCGUUUUGGUUACAUGUCCACUGAUAGUAUUAGGGUUUACGAAAGUGAGAGUCUUGGGGGGCAGUGUUGUGAGACCAUAUGCCGGAACAAUUGUUCUUGUGAGGCUUAUGCACCAGUGAAUCAAGCUAACAAUACUGGAUGCCAGAUAUGGCUUAAAGGUACCAGGUUCACUGAAGAUGCAAGGUUAAAAGGACAGUCAAUCUAUCUUGUUAGACAGAAAGUAAAUAGGUGGUGGGUGUGGCUUAUCGUUGCGGUGGGAGCAAGCCUAGCAUUACCUCUGAUCUGCUACUUAUGCUACGCUUCAUUGAGAAAAUACAAAGCAGAAGUGGAUAGGAAAACGAAGCAAAUGAAGAUAUUACAUGAAAUUGGGGGCAAUGCAAUGAUUUCUAUGGUGUAUGGCAGAACCAAAAGGAACAAGAAAGAGGCGAAGGAAAGACAUGAGGUUGACAUAUUCAGUUUUGAGAGCAUUGUGGUUGCCACAAACAAUUUCUCAGAUUCUAACAGGCUUGGAGAGGGCGGUUUUGGUCCUGUGUAUAAGGGGACACUAAGUGAUGGGCAGGAAGUUGCAAUAAAACGGCUUUCUAAUAGUUCUGGACAAGGGCUUACAGAAUUCAAAAAUGAGGCUAAACUUAUGGCUAAACUGCAGCAUACUAAUCUUGUGAGGCUCUUGGGGUUCUGCAUUGAAAGAGAUGAAAGAAUAUUAGUCUAUGAGUACAUGCCUAACAAAAGCUUGGAUUUCUACCUAUUUGAUGCCAGCAGAACAAAGGUAUUAGAUUGGGAAAAACGAUUUAGCAUCAUUGAAGGAGUUGCUCAAGGACUUCUUUAUCUGCACAAAUAUUCCAGGCUGAAAGUGAUACAUCGUGACUUGAAGGCGGGCAAUAUAUUACUUGAUGAAGAAAUGAAUCCUAAAUUAUCUGAUUUUGGUAUGGCUCGAAUAUUUGGAUCAAGAGAAUCUGAAGAAAACACAAAUAGAGUAGUCGGUACACGUGGUUAUAUGGCUCCAGAAUAUGCAAUCAAUGGUGCUGUUUCAACCAAAAUAGACAUAUUCAGUUUUGGUGUGUUGCUGAUAGAGAUUCUUAGUGGCAAAAAGAAUUACAGUCGAUUUGAUUUCGAUUGUCCUCUUAAUCUAAUAGGAUAUGCAUGGCAGCUCUGGAACAAUGGCAGAGCUUUAGAGCUAAUAGAGCCAGCAUUAGAUGAACCGAGUGUGCAAAACAAAGUGCAGAGAGUUAUUCAUAUUGGCCUCUUGUGCGUUCAAGAUCAAGCAAAAGACAGGCCUUCCAUGUUAGAUGUAAUUUCUUUUCUGUCAAAUGAUUAUAUUCAACUUGCUAAACCAAAGCAGCCAGCAUACUUUAACGGUGACGUUGAGGAAGAGUCUGAGCUACAUAACAUCAAGCAAGAACAUUAUUCCGCAAAUUAUGUCACAAUUUCCAAUCUAGAUGUCAGAUAA